UUUCUCUCUUGCUCAUAUACCUGCUGCCUGGCUGGCUAGCUGGCAAGUUUUUUUCUGACGCCAUCAUUUUGCAGCCAGCCAGCCAGCAGCAGUCUUCUUUUUUCUUUUUACGUGCGUUGGCGCAGCAAGCUUAACGCAACACCUUUUUUUCUCCUUGUUCUCACUUUUUUUUUUUCUUCCUUCCAAAAAUACCGUUCUCCACCUUGUGAAGACUGUAACACACUUACAAGCAAAGAGAUAGAAAUAAAGACACCCGUUUAAACGUGCGUGUGUGUGUGGCCCUCUUCUCUUUUCUCCCGUUUUUGGUUUAAACAAGACAAGACGACGUAUAAUAGCAGCAGCAGCACCACGACGCUUAUAGUGUGUGUACAUUGUAACCGCUUAUGAAACCACCGCCUACCUCGCGUUGUUAUACACUCCAAGACACGCACUUUUGUUCUUCAUCUUCUUCUGCUCUGCGGACAUAGGACAGAAAACAACACAAAUCAAUGAAGGCCCAAAAUAAAACCGUCCGUCAUCGUCGUCGUCGUCGUUCUUCCUACUUGCCGCCGUCUCCUCCCCUAAGCGCCACCACAACGGUGACAACAAGACCCGAAGACCGGGAGGAUAGCAGUGCCCUGGAGGCCAUGGCAACGCUCUUGGACGACAACAAUAACACGAGUUACCACGACGACCACGACCAGCAAGGAGUAACAAUAAUGACGAUUCCGCAGCAACAACAACAACAGCAACAACAGCCAGGACAUGUUCCUGUAACGGCAAGCAAUGGCUACACUACCACCACCAACGGUGCUACUACAAAUCGUACGACCACGACAACAACAGCAGCAGCAUCAGCAGCAGCAGCAUCAGCAACGACGAGAGUGACGGCGACUUCGGCAUUCACUCCCGAGGUUCCAGAAGAGGACUUUGUGCUCUUUUCGUCGUCAUCACAAGAUACCACUUUUAUGUCUUCUCCUCCGAGCACUCUGUUUGACUCGUUCGAGGAUGAGUCGUAAAGGGACUUUCCACAACAGGGCUCUCAUUUGCAUUCAAUCAUACAUACAUUUCUAUAUACCAGCUUCCUUUUUCUUCGUUAUUGAUUUUCUAUUAUAUAUUCUCUUUUUUUUUUUUUUGCAUUAUUUCCCCAUUAUUUUACAUAUGUUCCAAUUCAACCAGAAUCAACCCAAAAAAAAGUU